AUGAGCACAAAUGAGCAGAUCAAUGAUGGAACUGCGAGUGAGCUAUCUAGUGGGAAUACAAAUCCAGCACAUCCCUCUGAGUCCUCCGUUUUUCCUGAUCUUGUCUGCCUUCUCCUCCGCCGGCUCCUACCUUCUGCCCGGCAACGAGUUUGCAUUUUCACCGAUGUCUAUGAGCCCUGUGCUGCUCAUCUGAAAACUCUCCUUAGCCUCCUCCUUCAAUCAUCCAAUAUUAAUGACGGUAGCGGUUUCGUCGAAGACUUAGUACGACAAGUGUCUCUGAUUAAACCGGAGCAGGGGGUUGUAACAACGCGAGACGAGGUGAUGAGGGCUCUAGAACCCUUCCUUUAUCGCUUCAUUGAUGAUGAGGAGGAUGAAGAAGAUGAGGAUGAAUCAGCAACAAGAAGUAGUAAUCGAAUAGAGGACCUAGUCCGAAUCGAUGUCGUUUCUGACCAUCUGACUGAUCAGCAGCGAGCCCUUCAUGACCAUAUUCUAACCGACAAAACUUGUGAACGUGCAGUGAGGUCGGGUCAUCUUACUGAUCUUCUCAACUGUCUAUCGGCGGGUGCGCGGCUCUGUUGCCAUCCUUGGCUUCUCAGCUGUUUUGAUGAACCCGCGCAAUGGUUGCUGCAGGACCGGGAACCCGCUUUCUCCCCACCCCUUGUUACUGUCCCUGGCCUGCAUUUUGAUGGUCCUGCGUCCCUUUUGGAGCUGCGACGUACAGACGACGAAAUCUCACCUCAUCUGUUGCACCUCCCGUCAGCCCUACAAGCACCAGCACAUGUACGUUCGCGAUUAAUGCAAUUGCUGCCGGAUGCAGAACAGUUAAAGCACUUGCUAAUUACGCCGUGCCCCUCGAAGCGGGCUGGCGAGACAUCCGGGACCCCCCUGUUAGCAAUAAAGAGAUUGAGGAGGGGACAAGUGGCCCCAGUGGGGAGUAUCGAAGAGCAGGAAGAACCUUUCAUCACUCGAGAUACCCUUCGAACAGUUCUCCUGGAGACGGCAAACGCGUCAUAUGCUAAGAAUGAAACCAUCGCCGAGCCUAUGGAUAUUCAUCUGAGUUCAUCAGUAGAGAUGGAAUCACCCCUUCCUACUAAUGCCGACCUCGUUGAGCAGGGCUCGUCAGCAGUUCCAAAUCACAUCCUCAGUGCUGAAGGCAAAGUGGGGAUUGCUUUCUUUCUCCUAUCUCUUUUUGCUUACACUAACUCGCCCUUCAGCCUACUCUGCACUCGUGACAAAGCUGUCGGCUUGCCAUUACAAUUAGCGACUACAUCUACAUGUCCCCUGAAAUCAGUGGAUGUAGAGACGGUUAUCAAUCAAUUUUAUCCUCUCUUGUCCUCCACUCGCUGGCUUUGUCCUCAAACAAUACCUCAUCUUCUACCCCAGUUUCUCACCUCCUCUGGUAAAAUUCAACGGUUGCGCAGUCUUCUGCUCGAUCUGGUACGAUCACCGUCGCCAUCGUCCCGACCUUCUGAGACACAUCUAUCGCAGAAUCACACAAAUCGAACUCCCUCCCGACGUCCCCGUGUAAUCUUCCUUCUUUGCCAUCGCACUGCACUGCUCGACCUCCUCACUGCCUGGUUGUCCAUUGAUCCGUAUCUGGCCAGUCUUGCUCUUCUCCGUGCUCCUAUCGACCAGCUAGAUGCAGACGGUGAGGAUGAUUCUAUGCUGCUACUGGACGAUAGUCAUGCCAAGAGUGGAAGAUCGCUGUGGGUAGACCAGGUGAACGCCUGGCCCAGCGGCAUUCAGGGUCCCCUUCUUGUCCUCCUACAUGCCCGCUCUCCGUCGCUGUCUGCCGCUGGUUUACGGAUGGGGCCAGAUACGCGCCUUGUUAUCUGCGAUGCGGAUUGGCGAAAGGAUGUUGUCAGCACGGUUAAGUCGAAGCUGCGUUGCUGGUCAAUAAACGGAUUGGUAGAUGUACCCCCGAGGACUCGCUGCAACGAGUCCCUUCCUCCUCUUCUUCAAGCCUACCGUUUGGUAACGGAGUGGGAUAGUGGGGACAGUGUAGAGGCCCGUCUAGUCAAGUCGACAGCCAUCCAACUUUUGCCUGAUUCGGUUUUCAUGACCGCAUCGCCUCCCGCCGCUUCUGCUGCAUUCGCCUCCACUGGCAGAUCACGUAGUGCCGUUGCACUGCCACUAAUACCUCCUUCCUCUCGGGUGCAGCCGAAUGUGGUGCGACAAUUGGUCUCGUGCCUUCGUCGGCGUGCUCUUUGGCGCAGCAAGACGGCGCUGCCGCCUUUGCAGUCGCAGGUUUCCUCAAAUACCUCGAUGCCCCCUCCUCUGGACUCAGAUGGGGUGGAAGAGGAAGAGGAGGCGACUACCACGCAGGAUGAUGAGUCGGACAAUGCCUCGCUUUUCCAUAAACGAGCACCAAUUCAAAAGGAUCUACUCAUUCAGUGUUUUGACCUCCAUGAGCCACCACGAGACGUUCAAGCUUGGUGUUCUAGCCUCGCCGAGCCUGCCGCCAUAGCUGUGGAAAUGCACAGCGACUGUCUUGAUCCCCAAUUGGAAUCAGUAGUUUCACUUCCAAUCUCGGAAGAUUCUCUUCUCCGUGCUGCCGGUCUAAAUUCCUAUGAUGACGUCCUAUUCCAACAAUCUCCAAUUAGGCUUGUGCCACCUGAGGUGCUGGAGAUGUGGGAGUUGGAUCAAGCCAGCUGGAGAGAGACUCUGGAAGCAGUCGUGGAGUUCACUAUGGGUCAAGGGGAACCGCUCUUUUACUUGCCUCCUGGAGAGAGUGCGGGGAACAUGGUUGAACAAGAAAUCGCUGAUGAGAACAAUCUACCCAUUGAAGAUGCUUUUAAGCUACCACUCUGGGUGCCCUCUUUCUUCGAAGACCCCGAGUUUUGCAAAGGACCCCUUCCCGCUCCUUUCGACAGGCUCGAUCUUACCAGGGCUAUCGCCUCCAAUGUCGCAAAAACUCGCGACAACUCAUCCUCUGCUACCACCUGGGGUUAUGCCUCCGAUGCAAUGGCCGAAGCUGAGCUGCCUCCAUUUUCCUCCACUGUAUCUCCGUUAUUCGAUUCUACUAACACUACAGCUACAAGGUAUCCUGGUAGUGUCGGUAGCAGCCCUGCCGUCAAUGCAUCCGCCUCAACCAAGUCAGCAGUCGAAACGGCAUCGCCGGCCAUGAGCUACGCACUCAAACGAACGGCCGUCGCUACGCUCUCCGCUCGCAAUAGUGUGAAUGUCAGUGGUGGUCGCGCUGCUGCUCCACCCUCCAAGAAACGCAGGCUUACUGGAGCUGCUGCGAUGGCUGCUAGACGUGCAGCGAGUAACAAGGCUGCUGCAGCUGCAGCUGCUACCGCUAACUCUUCUGCUGUAACUGAUGGUAGCGCUGGAAGGUUAAUACGAUUAGAACGUGAUGAAAAGCCGUUGGUCAGUUCUUCCACGCAGGACCGAGCUGAUCUCCCCUCCAAUUCAGCCUCCGGUACCGGCACGACCACUGGCUCUGCCACAGUAGCAGCGGCCUCCACCCCUACUAUUACUCCUGCCACCGUUUCUACUACCCUUACCAUGACCCUUCCUUCCAACCAGAAGAUCUCUAUUCCACGUCCCUUCUACUCUCGCGACCUUCGAACCAUUUCUGGAGGCGCAGCGAGCACCACCAAUCAAGGCGGCGGUGUUGGAAGCAGUGGUGCCAGUGCUUCAGGCACUUCCUUCAGUCCCUCAGCACGAAUCCGUCGUGUAACAUCGUCCACACAAAUUACGAGUUCGGCGCGCCUAAGCGGCUCUGGCGGUGGCUCAUCUCCAGCAGUUCCUAAUGGUGUAACAGGAGUGUUUCCUGCUCUCAACAAUCCCCAUCUCCUUGCCAAAUAUGCCAUUACUUCGACAGGGAAGCCGACUGCUUCCCAGAGGCAGGGUCCUCAUCCCUCCGGCAUGGUAUCCUUCAAAUACGGCUCCUCUUCGACUGUGGGUCAUCCUCAGUCGUCGGUUAGCGACAUCAAACCUCUUGAGUGGUCACCUCUGGAGGAGGCUGCCUUGCUGAUGUGUACUACCAAACUUCAAGACAUUCCUCUCACCGUCGGCAACUCGUGUCUUUCUCACUCCCCUCAUCAUCAAGCGACAGCUACCUCCACCUAUACACGAAUGCCAAACUUUCGUCUGGUGGAGUUUUUCCUUAACAACUUCCAUGCUACUCGCGCCUAUCGCAGCUGUCGCCAAUGCCUCCUGGUCUACUACCGCAUACUUUCUGCCCUCGUGACCUCCUCUGCGGCCGACUUGAUACUUCCACCUACUGAUGAAGACGGCCCGAUUUCGACCUACCCCCACCAUUUGCAGCACCAGCAACAUCAACAGCAUGGGUCAUCAACGAGUGUGGGACGGAAGGUGAAGAAUAAAUUGAAGAGUGGUCUCUCCACCCCUAUCAUGCCGCCUUCAGCUAGUCCGUUGGACCAAAACACCUCCAUUAGUGGUGUCUCGAACGACUUCACAGUCGCCAGUGGUGGCGCCACCGCCAGUCCUGCCAACAAAUUGAGAGGCUAUCAGUACUUCCUGUAUCUAGAGUCGCAUCUCUCUACCUUGGCUACCGCCUCUACACAAACUCCUGGAGGCUCUGCUACCGUCAACACUGCUGCUCCCAUCACCGGUCUGGUAGACAAUCAAAUAAUCAAUAUUCUUCGUAAGUGUGUUCGUGAAGCGACACCUAAGUCAGGAAAUUCGAGCAGCCACCACCACCUCCAUCAUCAUCAUCACCCUGGCGUCUCUGCAAUGGUCUCCUCCCAUCAUCCUCAGACGCAAGCUCAGCAGCGGGUGGGCGGACCAGCGACUGCAGCAACGAUGUUAAUGCGAAACGCGGCGGCGGCGGCUGCGGCCGCAGCCGCCGCUUCGGCGUCCCAAGUGCCACCACAACUGCCUAGCGGAGCGACGGUGAUUCAGAAGAAUCCAUCCCAUAUUGCUGCUCUUCAAGAGCAUAACAUCAGUCCAGAUACGUUGAUAACACCGGCGAUGGUAAUCAAGAGUAAGGAGGAACGAGAGGCACGUCAGCGAACAGAGGCCGUAGCAGCAGCUGCUGCGGCUGCUGCCGCUGUAGCCUCUUCUUCCGCCUCUCCCACGCCUUCCAGUGUUCCUUCAGUUGCUGUCGUGGCUACUUCCACGCCAUCUGUGCCUGUGUCUGGCUCUGCCGCUGUUGUUGUCGGCUCCGCCAACACUCCUGGUGUACUUCCCACCGCUAGGGUUCAUCACCACUCUCAUCAACAACAUCCAACCAUCGUUACCAUUUCUGGAACCGGCAGUCCUAGUGGUGGUUCAAACCUUCAACGCUCAGCGAGCAUUUUGCCCUUCUCUACGGCUGCAUCUGUUAAUUACCAUGGUGGCAGUGGUGCCUCCCCAACAGUCUUCCGUUAUACUACGCCGGGAUCAAUGGGUGCCGCUGCACGUCAAGUGUCCUCCACUACUGCCACCCCUACGGGUAUUCUGCGUCGUGUUGGUUCUAGUGUGGUCGGUGGCAGUCCCCAGUCGGUAUUUGCUGUCACACCUGCCACGGCCUCUGGCACUGCGCAUGUGAUCUCGAAUACGGGAGGUACAACAAUGGUUAGACGCGGUGUGACCUUGACUCCGGCGGGGGUAUCGCAAGCAGGCGGUGUCGCAAAUGCAAGUGGUUGUGGUGCUGGAGGGGUCACGGUGUUGGCCACUACAAGUAGCGCCCGACCUGCCUCGGUGAUCUACCAUCAUCAUCAACAUCAGACUUCUGGUGCUACACCUGCAGGCAUUACUCUCCUGUCGGCAGGAGCUCAGGCCCUCCCACAAAUCAUUAGACCUCGUCAGCAGUUUCGACCGGGAACCGCUCUCCCCACACAACGGUUCGUUCGCACACUUUCCGUAACUCCUGCUGGCAGUGGUAUAGCUGCAUCAGGUGCGGGCCAAGCAACAACAACGACACCGAUUCACCGCACUCGCGAUGGUCUCUUUACCUCUCCCAUCCAACAACAUACACAGCAACGCGGUGGUGGUGGUGGUGUAGUUGUUCCGGAGUCGCAGAUUCUCCUCUCACGAAUUCACCCUGUUUCCAGUGGUUCUCGGCGUCCAGCCACAGCUAACAUUGCUGCCAGCGGCGGUGCCAGACAACAGCAAUCGGGUCAGCCUACUCCUCCUCCUCCUCCUCAAUCGUCUUCUGCAUCUUCACACCAACCGCAAUAG